AUGAGCUAUACCUUCACUGAGCAUACACACGGGACAGACGUGGCGACGAUGUUCCCAGACAGGGUGAAGGGGAAAACAUUUGUCAUAGCAGGUCUCAAACGAGGCGAUUUAGCAGCAACAACAGCAGACGCACUUGCGCACGGCGGUGCAGGGACUAUAAUAUUCACCGGUCACUCCCAACCAGAACUGCAGCCGGUCAUCGACCACAUCACCCGGAAACAUAAGGAUACCAAGAUGGUCUUCAUAACAGCGGAUUCUGGCAGCCUGACUUCAUUCCGCGAUGCAGCAUAUACUAUCAAGAGCCUGGGAAUAUCCAUUGAUGGGUUCGUUGGGUUUCCGGAGGUGAUGGCCGUGCCGUGGGAGCUGACCGAGGAUGGACACGAGUCUCAUUUCCAGCGAAACUAUCUGUGUCAUUUCUUAUUGCUGAAUAUGCUGCGCAGUCUCAUGCCACGUGGGUCGAGGGCUGUUCUGGUCACGACUAGCAUUCGGAGUGAGGCGCCUGCCCCGACAUGGGACGAUAUGGCAUUCUCAAACGGAGAGCAAUACCACGCCCUUGAAGGGUACUCACAGUCUAUGCUUGCGGUUAUCAUGUUCGUCAAGUCUUUUGCGAAGAAAUAUAGCGAUCGAUCUAUCGCUGCAUUCUCGGCAAAUCCAGGAAAUACCAAGACCAAUGUCCAAACACACGUCGCAUUGGACGAAAUCACAUCUUGGUUGCAGCGGAAAAAGGAAGAGGGUAAGGAACUCCCGGUACUUCUACAGCAAGUGCCGCGAUCUCUUGCUCAAGGUAGCGCCACCGUGGUACGCGGAUUGCUUGACCCCGAGCUUGAAGGUAAGAUAGGCACCCCCACGCAUGUGAUCAGGAUCGAGGAGAAUGUGCACUGA